GACGACACCAGAUGAUAACAAAGAUGUCCUUUUGAAUGAAUAAAUAUGUUGAAAGAUUGUAUUCGCUUCAGGUGUGGUAAUUUGAAGCGCUACAUCGGGAUACGAUUAGUAUGGUUAAUAGUGAUAUGGUUUAUAUCCAUUGCUUUAAUUAUAAUGUUAUCGCCGAUUUUUAUAAUAAGGAAUAGGACGAUUGACAAACUAAACCUAUAUGAGGGUAGUCAAGGUGAAAUUCCCAAGAGUUCCACAGCUAGUGAUAAGGAUACAAGUAUCGAAGAAGAAGAAAAUAUUAAUGCAAAGAUUACGCCAAGAGACGGAGAGGUUGAUAAGAUGAUAUAUGACAGAGGAAUUUUUACAAAAAGUAAGAGUUAUGAAAUUCAAAAAUCAAAUGGCGUCAAUGACACAAACGGAGGAACACAGGCGAAAAUAACUGAACUAAAUAAUCAUCAAACCAAAGAACACGUUCAAUUGCGGGUGAUUGUGUUGGCCUACAACCGUCCAUCGCCUCUCCAAUGUUGCCUUCAAUCUCUGAAUGAUGCUGAUUAUAUGGGUCAUCGAGUGCAUGUCGAAAUCCACAUAGAUUUAUCUCCUGUCGGCUCGAUAGACAAGAAAACGUAUGACGUUGCUACAAAAUUUACAUUUUCAACGAUUGAGAAAUCGGUCCAUGUCCAUCCCCGACAUGUUGGUCUUUACGGCCAGUGGUUUACUGCAUGGACACCAACGCCUGAUGCAAAAGAGAUCGCCCUCAUUCUCGAGGAUGAUAUAGCAGUCAGUAAACACUUUUAUAAGUGGUUAUACGCAGCACAUGCGAAAUAUGAUGAAAGGACAUACGUCAGUGGGUACUCAUUGGCUAACGUCGAUUAUCUUGCAACGGCUGCCAAAAAGGAACACAUUAGAGUGUCCUCAAACUAUACAGUGUAUAUGUAUCCGAUCCUAGGGUCUUGGGGCUUCUCACCUCAUCGUGAUUCCUGGAGAGAAUUUCUCGAAUGGUACGAGAUUACGUCACGUGAUAAAUCAUUUCAGCCUUACGUUGAUGGUAUACGACACACUGACUGGUACAAACAAGCACAAUCACUGAACAAAUCAGACACGAUGUGGACAAUGUGGCAUAUAUACUUCACACACAUCCACCAUCUAUACUGUGUAUUCCCAAAUAUACUAGACCGGUACAUGUUUGCGCAGAAUCGGAAAAGUCCCGGCUUGCAUUUUAAAAAUACUCUUGACAAGCCUCCAAAGCUUGAAAAGCUGGUCACUGAAUGGGAUCCUAACUUUGUUAACAUGCUGGAUGAUCCUAUCAAAGUAGACUACUACGGAAAGUACUCGUUCUAGUCGACUGAGAAGGAAGGAGGUGGAGAGAGGGGUUUAUAUUUAAAUAAUUAUACCCGAUCUCAAAUCUAAUUUUAGUGACAUUUGAUAUGAAUACAUUUUUU